UACUAAGUUGCUUUACGGGAAAAGGCUGCUCCAAUUUAGUCUGAAAUUGCCCUACUUUAAACUUUUUCUGGUUAUCAAUCUGUACAAAGACUCACCAAACUGAAACAGCGUGGACCAAACUGAUAAAUCAGGCUGCCGAGACAAUUGUGUAAUUCGAUCGAAAAAGAAACGGACAACCUCUCAAGCACAUCGGGUAAUUGACGAAGGAUUUUACGACACAGUGAGAGAUAGGAUAAUGUAUAUAAAAAUAUGCAAGAAUCACAGGAAACUCACAUAUCCAACCACCUGGAUGAAAUUGUUGCUGCCGUCAGUAUAACACCUAGAAAAAAGCUCCAAAACAAGCUGCUUCAAACAGCACUGUUUCAGCCUCCUCGAGAGAAACUCCACCUCUGUGAAGAGAAAGCAAAGUCCUAUUCUAGCAGUCAUGAGUAUAAACAGGCUCUCCAGGAGCUUGUGCGCUGUGUGGCGCUGACGAGGAUCUGCUAUGGUGACUCACACUGGAAACUGGCCGAGGCGCAUGUUAACCUGGCUCAGGGCUACCUCCAGCUGAAAGGACUGUCACUGCAAGCAAAACAACAUGCGGAAAAAGCCAAAGAAAUCCUCACCAACGCCAUUGUGCGUCCCUACAAUGACAAUACAGAUGUUUUCAAGUGUUCGGUUGAGUUAUUCCAUACCAUGGGGAGAGCCUUACUCUCCCUUCAAAAGUUUAAAGAAGCUUCAGAGAAUUUGAUAAAAGCAGAGAGACUUUCAAAGGAGCUGCUGCAAUGUGGAAGGAUUAUAAAGGAAGAAUGGAUAGAAAUUCAAACGCAGAUCAAAUUGUCAUUUGCACAGGUAUAUCAAGGUCAGAAGAAAUCAAAAGAAGCUCUGCCCCACUACCAAGAGGCUUUAGAAUAUAUUGAGAUCAGUAAAGGUGAAAAAAGUCUUGAGUGCGUACCAACAUUGAGGGAAUUGGCAGGUGUAGAACAAGCCCUGGGAUUUCACGACGCAUCCAUCAACCACCUUUUACAGGCGCAUCUCAUCGUCCUGAGCAGAAACCCCUCUCAAGAGGAGGCAGCCGUGUCCGCACACUCCGUCGCCUGUGCUGCUGUCGCUUCUGGGAGGCCUGAGCACCAUGAUGUGGCUGAGCAGUAUUUUCAAGAUAGCAUGGCUAAUCUUAAGGAUGCUGAAGGGAUAGGAAAAGCCAAAUUUCUUUCAAUUCAAGAUGAUUAUUGCCAUUUUCUACAAGUCACUGGACAAAAAGAGAGAGCUACCUCCAUCCUGAGAGAGUCCCUGGAGGCCAAAGUGGCAGUGUUUGGCGAUCUCAGUCCCGAGGUGGCAGAGACAUACCGGCUCCUGGGCGGGGCUGACCUGGCACAGGGGAACCAGAGCGGGGCCCACAAGAAACUGAAGAAGUGUCUUCAGCUCCAGACCCUCUUAUAUGGACCACAGGACAAGAGGACUCUGGCCACCCAGCAGACCAUGGAUGUCCUGUCCAAGGCCCCCGAGAAGGCCGUGAAGCCUCGGCAGCCCCCAAGAGCCAAGGCGGCCUUCUGCACCGGCGGGCCGCAGCACACCGCGCUGGGGAAGGCCAGGCCCAACGCAGCCGACUGAGCCCACCCCCACCAAAAGCUCUGCUCAUGCCUGGGUGCUGACACUUAGGGUGCUCUAUAAAUCUCUCUCCAUCCAGAAGGUGGACUUCAACAGUCAUUGGACAGAUUUUCUAGGCUGUUUGCUCCAAAUGCAACAGCGAUCCCAUAAACCUCCCAUGGGCCACCUUUUGACAGUGGAUGCUCUUCCCGGAGAUCUGGCACUGCUAUAAAGCAUUUUUCUUUUUACCACCUUAGUGGUUUUUCUUGCCAGCAAGAAUUUUUACCCAUCAGUACUACUGUGGCUGAAAGGCUUCUCUUCAAAAGUUCGAAACUUCCUGUGUAGGAAAGUAGACUCAACAUCUGAUCGUGUAUAUAUAUAUAUAUAUAUAUAUAUAUACAUACACACACACACACACACACACACACACACAUGGUGUAUAGCCCAUUGUGCAGGCCUGGAGUCAGAUCUGGAGCAGUAAAAUUCUGGGGAAAGCCCUUUCUUAUAGGAAGGUAAUAGGGAUUGAGAAUAAAAUGCUAAUAAAAGGAAAUUUGGAAAUCCUGGGGUCAGUAUGUGUUUGUAAAAUGAAGCCGCCUCAGAGCUCCUCGGAGCCUGGAAAGGGGCACUGAGGAAGCUUCUCCUCACUCGUGCACUCAGACACUUACUGAAUCUGGUUGAGCACCCAGGAUGUACCAGGCGUGUGCUAAGAACUGAGGGCACAACAACAAACAGAACAGACACAGUCCCCAUCCUCUCAGAGCUUGCCAUCCAACGUGGAUGCCAGUCAUUAAACAUAUAAUAGUGGAGUUGGUUGAUGUCAACUGAGGGAAAGAGCCUGGUACCACAGGGUGGGUGAUAAAUGGCCCUGACUUUUCCUAGAGGUCAGGGGAGGCAGGUGUAAGGGAGUGAAGAGAGCUGAGCAGGA